AAGUUGCUUCUUUAAUCGUCAUGGAUGGCAACAGCUCGAACUCUGAUAUUCGGCGAGCUCUCCUCGACAACGCGCCCCCCACACGAUUGACAUCAGCUCAGCGUGCUAAGAGACGAUGGAUGCUCGUCCUCUGCCAGACAGCCUACUUCGUUACGAUAACUCUACUAUAUCAAAUUGCUCCUUUCUUUCCAGUCUACGCCAAGCAAGAACUCGAUCUCACGGAUGCUACGAUUGGAGUGGUAUUCGCUUUCUUGCCGUGUGCGUCCUGUAUUAUGGCGCCUCUCACUGGCUACCUCCUUCAACUACUGGGAUACUUCACCGUUCUCUUAGCAGGAGGCGUAUUUGUUGCAAUUGGCACACUUGGCUUUGGCUUCUCCAAGGUGCUCUGGAGUUUCCUUGCUUUCCGAGCCGUUCAAGGCGUUGGAGCUGCUUGUACAUAUUCUGCUACCUCUGCGAUAAUGGCUAGGUUGUUCCCGGGAGAUAUAGAGAAGAUAUUCGCCUUCCAAGAGCUGAUAGGGAAUGUUGGUUUUGCCGUUGGCCCGACUAUCGGUGCUGGCCUAUUCCAAGUGGGUGGCUUCCACACCUCCUUUAUUGUGCUCACUGCUAUUCAUUUCGGUGUCAUGGUGCUGAUGCUAGCCACAUGGGUUCCGAUACCCCCGGCUGCCUCAUUGCCGACUAGUGAUGGUGCUGCUCAGAGUGGUCGGAAGGUCGUGGGAGUGAGCGAAGUGCUCCGUAUGCGGCAUAUUCUAAUCACAGUUCUCUGCAGUGCGCUAGUCAGCUCAGCCUUCGGGUUCAUGGAUCCAGUUCUCUCAGAGCACUUCUUAGCUGUAUUGGGUGACGUUUCACCAUCUACCAUGGGUCUCCUCUUUGCAU